UCAACUUUAACGAUUAAUAUCUCGCGUCGCGGGGCAGAGCAACACUUUUUUCUGCCAGAUUCUUUCGUUUCGUCCAAAAACGCGUCGAAUGAGCUUAAAUUCAUCGUUUUUUGUGCUGCUGUAGCUAAACUGUAGAAUUACCCCAUAAAGAAACGGAUUGGUUUAUUUCCUUAUGCACAUGCAUAUGGACCAAUCAAUUCUCUUAUGCUUAUGUUAGAGUUUCCAAGCCUGUUGCAGCCAUAGAUCGCAUUCCAAGCGAAGUCCAACACGACCGUGGUCCAAACCCGUCGAAUUUAUUUACGUAAGCAAUUUCUCGCUCUCGCUGUGAAAAUACGAAUAUUCAAGAUGAACCGUUUUAUGAAAGUCCUCAAGAGCAAAGAAACUCGUGACUAUUUUAUGAGCACACACUUUUGGGGCCCUGUUGCUAAUUGGGCGAUACCGAUAGCUGCCAUCUCUGACAUCCAAAGGGAUCCCAAGUAUAUUAGUGGUAAAAUGACCUUUGCUUUAUGCUUAUAUUCAGCAAUGUUCAUGAGAUUUGCAAUCAAGGUGCAGCCACGCAACAUGCUUCUAUUUGCCUGCCACUUUGUCAAUGAAGGCGCACAAGUUACACAAGGUUGUAGAUUUAUUAAGCAUCAUUAUCUUAGUAAGAAGGAACAGUAAGUCGAAAAAUAUAUGUGAUAUUUACUUUGCCAAAGCAAUAGGGUUUUAUAUUAAUGUAUAUAAAAAUCAUGUAAAAAUUAUGUAAAGUUCAUGCAAAAUCAAUAUUUGUAAAUAUGUAAGUAUAUAAACAAGAAUUAUUCUUUGAUGAA